AUGAGGCGGUAUUUUCUCGCUAUAGCUGUCAUCUUUUCCUCUGCCGUGGCACAUCUUGUUCCGCCGGCGGCGGCAGCAGCAACAACAGCAACAAACCUUGUCCUUUCGACAACAGACGGACAAACACGAACAGGGAAACAUCGGAAUGUCUCCACGGAGCUGUUCGAAGACCUCGAAGAGCUCGCCAGGCUGGUCGACAUCUCGUACUGUGUUGGGACCACAGGGAUCUAUCGGCCGUUCCGAUGCCUGAGUCAUUGUAGUGUGUUUGACGGGUUUGAGUUGGUUACGACCUGGAACACGGGCCCCUUACUUGCUGACUCCAGUGGAUAUAUUGCGCUCUCCCACCCACCUUUCGCAAAGCGAAUUGUUGUCGCCUUCCGCGGCACGUACUCGCUUGCGAAUACGAUCGUCGACCUGUCUGCCGUUCCUCAGGCCUAUGUCCCGUAUCCUGCCGAUGGCGGGGAGGACGAUGAUGACGACGAGGACACACAGAAGAAAAGGUGCACCAAUUGCACGGUCCAUGCCGGUUUCUGGACCGCCUGGAAGAAUACCCGGUCGAUUGUGCUGCCCUCUGUGGCCGAGGCGCGGGCGAAGUAUCCGGACUAUGAGAUCGUUCUCGUGGGCCACUCGUUAGGAGGUGCUGUCGCGGCUCUUGCAGGUCUCGAGAUGAAGCUUCGCGGCUGGAGUCCCCGAGUGACGACGUUUGGAGAACCAAGAGUAGGCAACCUGGCUCUGGCGCAGUUUAUCGACGAGGUCUUUGACCUCAUUUCAGAUGACGGGAAAGAAGAAGAUGAUGAUGACAAUAUCGCAUAUCGACGUGUGACGCACGUCAACGACCCCGUCCCGCUUCUGCCCCUGGAAGAGUGGGGGUACAGAAUGCACGCGGGAGAGAUCUACAUCUCCAAGUUGGAUCUUCCGCCUUCGGUUUCCGAUCUGGAACACUGCGACGGUGAUGCCGAUCCACGAUGUAUCGCGGGAGUAGACAGGUCUGAAUCACUGGCUUUGUCGGUCCAAGAUCUCCGGUCGUCUCCGCAAGACUCUUCUCCUGCAGAGAUUCUGAAGCAGCAGCAGCAGUCUGGGCAACUGUCCGCGCAGUGGUCCCUCAUUCCAUCGAGGUACCGACUAUGGGAGCUUCUCUUUGCCCACAGGGACUAUUUCUGGAGAAUCGGUCUCUGCGUGCCGGGUGGAGAUCCGGGAUCGUGGAGAUAA